UAUAGGUAGAUCCCUUGCUUAUAUAAUAUGCUUAGUUUGCAGGAUCUAUACUAUUAAUCAAUGAUGAAAUCACAAUUACAUUCAUAUUCUUCAAUUCCAGCUGUACUCGUAAGCUUAUUAUUUACACUCUCAUUCAUUGCAUUACCAUGUUCAUCGUCUAUAGUUACUCUGCAACAAUCACCUCCAGUAUCUGGACUCAGAAUCGCUCUCCAACAUAUUGAUUCCGGUAAAAGUUUGACAAAAUUUGAGCGCAUACGACAUGCACUGAAGCGCGAGAAGCAGAGAAGAGAGACUUUGAAAGCUAUGCUAUUAGCAGGUACACAAAUUUCAUCUCAAGUUCAUCCCACCAUAACUGGUCUGGAAUAUGUAAUGCAAGUCGGAAUUGGCACUCCACCAGUACGUUACAAUGCAGUAAUCAACACCGGUGCUGACUUAAUCUGGACACAAUGCAAGCCAUGUUUAAACUGCAUGAAACAAUCCACAUUGUUGUUUGAUUCAGAAAAGUCAUCGUCGUUCUCUAAUUUAUCCUGCUCCAGCCCCUUUUGUGACGCGCUGCAGCUAUCACUUUGCGCCAUAGAUAUAUGUACCUAUACCUACGUAUACAAUAAGGAUACUUAUACUAGGGGAACUAUGGCAACAGAGACAUUCACAUUCGGUGAAAACGCUAAAGUUUCCGACCUUGCAUUCGGGUGUGGACAGGACAAUCAUUUCUUCGAAGAAGAUGGAUUCGGGGGCGUAAUGGGGAUGGGUCGGGGAAUGAUGUCUCUGGUUUCACAGCUCAAUGUGUCGAAGUUUUCCUAUUGCUUGCCUUCUAUUGCUGAUGAUACGAAAAGCAUUAGUACACUUUUUUUAGGAUCAGUACCAAAUUUCUCCUUAGACAGUGCAACCACAAAAACUACUUACUUGGUUAAGAACAAAAUCUACCCUUCUUUCUAUUACGUUAUGUUGUGCGGAAUUUCAGUCGGAGACGCUAGGCUCGACAUUGAUGAGGAUAAAUUUGCAGUGAAUGAUGAUGGUAAUGGGGGAAUGGCGAUUGAUGCUAGCACAACCAACACUGUCUUAGAAGAAGAAGCGUUUCAUAGAGUGGCGAAUGAAUUUGCUUCACAGAUGAACGCAACCGUGGAUGAUACGAGUUCAGAUGGCUAUGUUGCAUGCUUUAAUUUGCACUCCAGUGUUGUGGUUCCGAAGCUUGUGUUUCAUUUUGAGAAUGCUGACAUUGAGCUUGAUAACUAUAUGAUAAAUGAUCCGCGGAGUGGAAAGUGGUGCUUGACAAUGGCGAUUUCGGGCGAUGGAACAUCAGUUUUGGGGAACAUGCAGCAAAGGAACAUGUUGGUUGUUUAUGAUCUGGAGAAGGAAAUGGUGUCAUUCGUGCCAAAAAGGUGUUGAUGUUAUCUGAGUUCUUUGUUGCUGUAGUUUUUCUGCACUUCCUGCCUUAAAUUAUAAUGAAUAAGUUCAUAUAUGUUGCCUGUCGUUGCAAUAAAUUGAUUCAAGGUUUAAAAAACACAA